CUGCCGCGAGGGCUGCGGCGGCGGCGGCGGCAGCGGCGGGGAAGGCCUAGCCGAGCUGCGCGUCCUCCUCCGUCACUCCCUCCCUCCCUCGCUCGCUCUUUCCUCCUCCUCCGGUAGCUAGCCCCGACCCGGCAGUGAUGGCAGACGAGCAACAGCAGCCGCCGCCCGAACCCCCCAGCAGCGGCGGCGGCGGCCCGGUGGCCCCCCCUUCGCUGCCGGCGCUGGUGCCCGGGCUGCAAGGGACGGAAGCCAGCGCGCUGCAGCACAAGAUCAAGAACUCUAUUUGCAAAACUGUACAAUCUAAAGUGGACUGCAUUUUGCAAGAAGUUGAGAAGUUUACAGAUUUACAGAAACUCUACCUCUACCUUCAACUGCCUUCUGGUCCCAGCAAUGGAGAGAAAAGUGAUCAGCUGUCGGUGUCGUCCAGCCGCGCACAACAAGUGCAUGCCUUCUCCUGGAUCCGGAACACCUUAGAGGAGCAUCCUGAGACGUCCCUCCCUAAGCAAGAGGUGUAUGAUGAGUACAAGAGCUAUUGUGACAAUCUUGGCUACCAUCCAUUAAGUGCUGCUGACUUUGGGAAGAUCAUGAAAAACGUCUUUCCCAACAUGAAGGCUCGCCGCCUCGGCACAAGAGGCAAAUCAAAAUAUUGCUAUAGUGGACUUCGGAAGAAAGCAUUCGUGCAGAUGCCGACGCUGCCCAAUCUUGACUUCCAUAAAACUGGAGAUGGGCUGGAAGGAUCGGAGCCUUCUGGGCACCUGCAAAGCGCCGAUGAGGAGGUGGUGUCAGCCGCAUGCCAGCUGGUCUGCGAGUGGGCCCAGAAAGUGCUCAGCCAGCCCUUCGACUCCGUCUUGGAUUUGGCCCGUUUCCUGGUCAAAAGCCAUUACAUCGGCACAAAAUCCAUGGCAGCUUUAACAGUGAUGGCUGGUGCGCCAGCAGGAAUCAAAGGGAUCCCCCAGCCUUCUGCUUUCAUCCCGACUGCAGAGAGCAAUUCCUUCCAGCCCCAGGUGAAGACCCUGCCCUCGCCAAUCGACGCAAAGCAGCAGCUGCAGCGUAAGAUCCAGAAGAAGCAGCAGGAGCAGAAACUGCAGUCGCCUUUGCCAGGGGAGUCUCCCGCCAAGAAGGCCGAAGGCGCCCCGAGCAAUGGAGUCGCCAGCCUCUCGAACGGGAAUCCGGCUAUCUUGUCUCCUCAGCCCAUCGGCAUCGUUGUGGCUGCUGUCCCCAGCCCCAUAACGGUGCCAAGGACCCGACAGCUGGUGACGUCGCCAAGUCCUGUGGGCACGUCAGAUGGCAAAGUUCUUCCGCUCAACGUCCAGGUGGUCACUCAGCACAUGCAGUCGGUCAAGCAGUCGCCAAAGACUCCUCAGAAUGUCCCCGCCAGCCCCGUGGGCGACCGUUCCGCCCGGCAUCGUUACCCCCAGAUCCUGCCCAAGCCAGCCAACACUGGCGCACUCACCAUCCGCUCCCCAACCACCGUACUCUUCACCAGUAGCCCAAUCAAGACGGUGGUUCCCGCUCAGCACAUGAACGUGGUCAAAAUGACCGCCAUCUCUCUGGCCCCGAGCAGUGCCAGCAGCACGCCGGUCAAACACACAGCUCCGGUGGUGAGUUCAGGAACCGCCGAAGAGUUGAGGACUGUCCCGCAGAUUAAGAACGGCUCUGUGGUUUCCCUUCAGUCUCCGGGAUCUAAAGCAAGUGGCGGAGGAGGCUUAGUUCCCGCUGCGUCUUCGAUUGAAGUCAAAAUGGAGCCAGAGGUGGUGCUGGACGAGAAUCUCCUACAGUGCCCAGGGAAUCCAGACUCCUCCAGAGCUGUAAAGCUGGUCCUGAGCGCGUCUGCCGCUCAGCAGAGGAGAGGCGAAACAGAAGCCUGGAAAGUUCAGACUGAGGAGGCGGUAGGAGAAGCAAAAUGCAUCCAGGUCUGUGACCACAGAGUGGAGGAUUCCGGGGGGAAACGCCUUGCCCAGCCUAGCGAAACCCAUCCAGGUCCUUCAUCCGAGACGAAUCCAAGCACUCUCUCCCCUUCGGUCGCUACGCAGAACUUCUCUAUCAGCAGCAGCUCACCUCCCAGUGGGGACAAACUGUGCAUUAAGAGCCCAAGGAAGAGGCUGCCUUCGGCCUUCACGGACUCCCAGGGCCCCCCAGUCAAGAAGCUGUCAGUGGGGCAAGUCUCUGCCGCCAGCGCAGAAGCCCCCAAAGCCAGCGGCGUUAAGAAAGCGCAGCAGAGGCUGGUGACACUUGCCAAAUCUGACAUUCCUGCCACACUGGUGCAAGUUCCUGGCAAGGUCACGAUCCAAGUCCAUUCUGCAGCGCCCAGCAACCUGGUGACUUCAUGUCCCUUGGAUGGUGAUAUCAUCAUUAACUCCGGCGAUUCCAUUUUUGGACAGCAGCUGGCAGCCUCGUCCUCGGACAUCCGGGUGAAGUUGGAAGGAAAUAUGCUUGUCUUAGAAAACCGUGCUAAGCCGGAUGGCAGCUUUAACCCCAAUGUGUGGCAGCAUCUUGCAAAGAGCUCCGACUUUGACCCUGUGAACUGUGAGCAGCAGCAGCAGCCGCAGCAGCAGCAGGAGAUCAGCGUUCUGGCCCUUGCUGAACCCUCUGGCUCUGAGGACUUGCCCAAGUCUGUCUGGGAGCCUGUGCACUUUGAAGAAGGACUCCAGCAGCACCAGCACCAGCAGACAGUAGCUGUCUCGGCGUACAGCCAGCAGCUGCAGGGGCAAGAACCCUCUCUGCAGCAGCAGCUCCAAGCACAGGCGGCGAGCCAGCUCCCUCUGCAGCCCGAGCUCAAAGAGUUUGAGGAUGCCGCCUCCCAGUCCAACGAGAAUUUUUUCUCCUUUGAUGACGACUUGACCCAGGACAGCAUCGUGGAGGAGCUGGUGCUGAUGGAAGAGCAGAUGUCCAUGAGCAGCGCCCACCUGUACAGCACCUCCCUGGGCAUGGCCCUGCAGAGCCAGGGGGCGGCUCCAGGGGCGGGGGCGGCCCUGUCCUCCCACGCCAGCAGCACCCACUUCUACCACCCCAUCCACAACAGCGGCACUCCCGUCCACACCCCCACCCCGACGCCCACGCCCACCCCGACGCCCACGCCCACCCCGACUUCUGAAAUCAUUGCUGGGUCGCAAGGCGUGUCGCGGGAGAGCCCCUGCUCCCGGAUGGCCCAGACGACGCCCGUCGACAGCGCUCUGGGCAGCAGCCGGCACACGCCCAUCGGCACGCCCCAUUCCAAUUGCAGCAGCAGCGUCCCGCCCAGCCCCGUGGAGUGCCGGAACCCCUUUGCCUUCACCCCCAUCAGUUCCAGCAUGGCCUACCAUGACGCCAGCAUCGUGUCGAGCAGCCCUGUGAAGCCCAUGCAGCGGCCCACGGCCACCCACCCCGACAAAACCAAGCUGGAGUGGAUGAACACUGGCUACGGCAGCGUGAGCAACCCCUCGGUGUCCAGCCAUGGCAUCCUCCCAAGCUACCAGGAGCUGGUGGAAGAUCGUUUCCGGAAGCCUCACGCCUUUGCUGUUCCCGGCCAGUCGUACCAGUCUCAGCCGCGGCACCACGACCCCCAUUUUGGCCGGGUGACCCCAGUCUCUCCUGUCAGCGGUGGCAGCGGCGGUGCUGGCAGCAGCAGCAACAACAAGCAAGAAGGCUUUGCCGUGCCGGCGCCUCUGGAUAACAAAGGGACGAGUUCCUCUCAAAAUAGCAAUUUCCGAUGCCGGAGCGUCAGCCCUGCCGUCCACCGCCAGCGCAAUCUUAGCGGUAGCACCGGCUGCCCCGUAGCUAACGUGCCACGCUCCACCGUAUCGACCACGCCUACGCCUUUUGGCAGCCCCGUCACCCCAGAGGUCCAGCAUACCUUUGCGAGCCUCCACACGGACACGAGUGCCAACGCUCUUGCCCAGCGGAGCCAGUCCGUCCCGUUGACUGUCAUGAUGCAGACGGCCUUCCCGCCUCCGCAGAAACAGGCCAAUUCUAAAAAGAUAACGAAUGUGUUGCUAAACAAGCUCGAUUCGGAGAACGACGAUGCCGUGAGGGGCCUGGGAAUAAACAAUAUGCCCUCAAAUUAUACAGCCAGGAUGAACCUGACUCAGAUUUUAGAGACGUCGGCUGCCUUUCCGAGUGCCAAUGCCCAGAACCUGCUCAAUCCCAAUCCGUCAGUUUUUGAAUUCCAAACACCGAGUUACCUCACCAAAAACAGCAGCGCCAAUCAGAUCACUUUUGCUUCUGGAGACAACCAAGCACAAUCGGAGACGGGAGAGCAGCAGCUGGAUUUCAGCAGCACCGUGAAAGACCUCUUGGAGGAGAGCAGCCUGCAACCCAGCCAGCAGCUGGUCAACCAGGUGGCUUCGGAUCUCAGCAACGUGGCCUCCUCCGUCUUCUCCAGCGACAUCAGGUUGACCUCCGAACUCUCAGGCAGCAUCAACGAUUUGAACACUCUAGACACAAACCUGCUCUUUGACCCAGCUCACCAGCAGGGCCAAGACGAUGAGGCAACACUGGAAGAACUAAAAAACGACCCCUUGUUCCAACAGAUCUGCAACGAAUCUAUUAACUCCAUGACUUCGGCAGGUUUUGAUUGGAUGGAGAGCAAGGACCAUCCUGCUGUUGAAAUGUUGGGUUGACUUUUUUUAUAUAUAAAUAUAUAUAUAUAAUAUGUAUGUAGCACACUGUAUCUAAAAGACAGACGUAUUGUAUUUGUCUUAAUGGAAGUGCCUCCUGCAGCAGAAACACUUAGGAUGACUUAAUUGUGGCAUUUUUUUUUAAAAAAAAAGACGUAAUAAUUGCUCUACCAGUUGCUUUAUUCUUCAGCAGGGAUUAUACAAUCUUACCAAUUUUAAAGACAUUUCUGAAGGAUACAGCUUGAUCCAGAGCCAGUAUUAGAUUUUAAAAUUUUACUUCCUGAAAAGCAUUUCUUGCUGCAGUAAAAGAAAGGUGGAGAACUAGCCUUCUGGGUACCAAGAGUGUAGCUAGUCUAAAUUACGCAUGAAAGUCUCCCGAGCAGUGUUUCUGGGCUAUCUCCAUUCAUUUCGGUCAGCUUUGCAUUGGGUUCUCUGUUUUAUUUUCCCCUGGCUCACCAAGGAAGUGUCACUGUAAUGAAUGGAGCUCACACAGUGGCCAUGUUUCGUGGAGUGCACCAUGUUUCCAGAUCCAGAGUGCCACGUGCACUCUGGUGUGAAUGCAGGGCUCUUGGAUGCGCUGGCAUACCUAUUGCACUAGAAGGAGCUCACCUCCAGGUGGUACACAUAGGAAUGAAUGGAGAGGCCAAUUCAGGAGGCAGAAUUCCCUGUGCACAUCAACACAGAUGGCUGGCUUGGGCGAUGGACUCCAAAUUGCCUUCUACCAAACGUUCUGGACUCAGUCUCCCCUCCUUCUUUUUUGCUGCUGCUCUCAGAGAAUUCACACAGGUGGUUUUGCACCAGUGGGCAAUUGCCAAGGAAGGCGGCUAUAGGGGUAGCUGAGAGCUGCCCAGAUAGCUUAAGGUGGCAGUGUGGGGAAAGACCGGUGUGAGAAAUCUCUGUGGCUCCAACACAACGCAAAAUCACAAUAAAGGGCUAAAAGGGGAGGAGCAGCCGGUAGGAACUAUCAAGACAAAACGAACUGUUUUGUCUUUUUUUAAAAAAAUCAUAUGUAUGUUCAGAGUCUCUAAAAGACAUCAGUUUUUUAAAAAAUUUUGGUUUUAAUAUCCUUGAUUACGGAAAACUAAUCUUAAGCCUGGAGAUGUAAUAAAUUUACAUUCCAUUGCAUUGCAUGUCUAAUUCUGUAGCAUUUGCAGGGAUGUAUUACUUUUUUUAGUUAAUAUUUCAGAUUUAGAAUAACCAGAAAUUAAGAUUGAGGUUUCCCCAACCCAUCAACCCUUGAAAACAUUUGGGUGCAAAAAUAACAAAACCAGCUGCCUGUUCAGAGCUAUGCAACUGGCCUGCUCUUUCCUGGAAAGCUGAUGGGUAAUGUUUAAAGAUGAAUUUUCAUAGAGCCAUAAACCGGAAUGCCAUGGGACGAGAUCACAUUCUGGGCCUUCAGGACGUUGGUCAUUCCACUGGUGCUCGGGGCAAUGCGUUGGUUGCGUUGCUCCCUUUUUUAAAGCAGAUCUGAUUGCUUUUCAUCUGCAUCAGGGCCAGCAUUUUACAGGAGAGAAGGGGGGGGGGGAAAAGAGGGACAAAGAGAGAUGUGCAAAUGGCUGCCCAUAAGAUUCAGAUACCAGCUGGUCAGGAUAGGCAUUUGAAAUUCUGACAAACGUUUUAGCUGUGGUACAGUUCCAGAGUAAGUUGUUUCUGAAAAAGAAUUUGGGGUGAAUGCCGUACUUUGGAGCAGAGGCCCCAGGGUUGCUUUAACUCCUGCCAUUCUGGGAGUUAGAGUACAGUUGUCUCCCUCCUUGCUGCAGGAUACUAAGCAAGCACUUAAUUUUAGCCUCAGAUGCCCCAUGGAAAGGUGACACGCCUGGGGCUGCUUGCCAACCCCAGAGAAGUUGGGAAGGGGAGCAGGGAGUCGACCACAUGAAGCUUGGCUGGAGACGAGGAGGAGGAGGACAGUUCUGAUGCAACCCCUCUGCUCCUCAGAGCCACCACUUCCUGUCCUGGGUGCCAACACAGUCCAGGCUGUGAGUAUAGAAGAACUGUGGCGCUCACACCAUGAGCAGCAAUGUGCCAACCCAGCUGCUGUUGCUGUUGUUGUUUUGUUUUUUAAGAGAAUCAGCUUUCUCUGUGUGUGUGUGUUUUUAAGGAAUUUAGCUAUUGCUGAGAUUUUAUUUUGCACACGUGUUUUUCCUGAGAAAUCCGCAUAUAAUGACCCACUCUUCAGAGCACUUCUCUAUGGCAGGGGGGGGGGGCUGCUGCCACUGCACCCCCACCACGCCAGACAGUACUGCUGUGCAGAAGUGCCACUUCGGUCUCUUGGCAGUGCUUGCCGGGCUGUGCCCAGGUGGGCCAGGAGGAAUAAUGACCUUGCAAGGGGCAGGUGGAAUCGGGCACUCAAUAUGAUGCCACCACUGCCUAAUGCAGCUUUCCUGGCUCCCUCCAGAUGCCUUUGACUACAACCCCAUCAUCCCCAGCAUGCGCAUUGUAGUCCAAUACAUCUGGAAGGCAGCUGGUCUUACGUUCCUGAUUGGUCAGGAGAGUGCCUACCUUGCCCCGUGUUGUGUGUCUAGUGUCCUGCAGACACAAGUUCACAUGCUGUUAGGUUUAAAUCAUUUUUAUAAGAGAACUUUUAAGCUAUCAUGUGACAACUAUCGUAGUUGGAUGUUGUUUUUUAAGGAUUUACUCUCAUCAUUUUUGAAAUACCACUGUUGCAUUAGACCUAGGCUGUUAGUUUUCCUUUCACUUCAUUUAGUAGUCGACUGGGAAUGCUCUGAUAAUUGAAAGCAAAUUAGAUGCUAGUUAAUUGGCGGGGGAUAGGAGCUAAAAUCUUUUCACACAAACUUAAUGGAGUUUUGUGCUGGUUUUGGGAUCUCCUCCGUGUGUUUGGUGUCAUACUGAGCAGCCUGUUGGCUCCCUGUUUCUUGCACGAGGAGCAGUUCUCUUUCUCUCUGCUUGAGACUGGGUCCUACUUUACACCAAAGUAUGCAAUUCCCAGGGGAGAACUCUUGAGAUUUAGGCAUGGCGGAAGCCCCUUUCUGACUGUCAGAUGACGCCCCACAGCUGUGAACAUCCUGAUCCAGCGUUUACGUUCUGGGCUUCCUACAAAGACGAGCCUUUAACAGUGAAAUUGUUUUGAGAACUGCUGUGUCUUGACUGAAAGACCAUUGCAUUUGUAUUCCACAUACAAUAUUGGCGAUAGUAUGUUGGAUUUGGUCGGCUAGCCCAUUGAACUGUGCGGGGUUCAUCUUUUGCACUAAAGCUUCUGUUGAACUGUGGCAGGCACAUUCCUUAGGAUAAAUGCAACCAAUACGGCCCACAGAUGAAAAAAAGAAAAAGAAAACAUGACUACAGAAAACUUUUUAAUGUGUUUCAUUAUUAAAAGGCAAAGUGUCAUCCGAAUGACAAGGUGACGUGUCUUUAUGUAGCAUUGUGCAUUGAUCUCAAUGAGAUGAUUCUAUUUCUUAUUCUCUUACAUGAGAAUAUUACAGCAGGAAAAAAAAACUGUUUUGUUUGCCUCACCAUGUUAAUACAUGAUCACCCAGCGUGCAUGUGUGUUCUCUUGACUUACCUUGUACAGUGCUAGGUAGACUCCUGUAACCCACUCUUUUUUCAUUUGAUUUUUUUGCGCUGUAUCAGACCUGGCUCUGUGUUAACCAGACAAGCAUAGCUGAAUCACCAGUUAGUUACAUUUUUUUAUGUUUACUAAUUCUGCUUAGUUAUUGUUAAAUACGUUCUUUUAUCUGAUUAUUUUUAUUGUUCUGGUGUUGAGGGGGGAACCCUUUUGACAUCUUUUUUUUUUCAUGAGAACUCAUGAAGUAAAGAAUUUGCAAAUAAUUACAAUAAGCACUGACUUUUGAACUGAAAAGAAGGAAAUUGUUUCUUGUGCAUCUGAAGUUUAUAUAAAGUCUUGUACUAUACUGUGCUUUCUAUAAGGAAAGAAAAAAAAACCCACCCACCUUGUCCACCUUUUCAUCUAGUGCACAGUCAGACCUCCAGUGUUUUGUUGUCUGUUGUACUGCUGAAAUGACAGUAGUUGGAUAUUGCAGUAGCAUUUCAGUUGAUUUUUUUAUUGAAAGUGCUCAAAAUUUGUUUUUUUUUAAUGUUUUCAGAAACAAUAAAACAUUUUAUAUUAAGCCAGA